AUGCCCGAGAAACGACCAUAUCCGGGCGACCACGGCGAUGCAGUUAAGCGCGCAAAGCCGGUGGCCGACCCUGUGGUUGCUGCAAAAGCUGCCGCCGCCGCAAAGGCUGCCGAAAUCAGGGCCAGACUUGCAGCGAGAAAACCGCAGAGCAAUGGCGCAUCUCCGGCGGCGUCGCCGUCACCAGCUCCAACCCCAGCACCUGCAACAGCGAGUUCAAUGUCCCGGCUAGAGGCGAUGAAGGCGCGAACCGCGGCCCUGCUUGCCAGCAAGAAAAUUGAUUCCAAGAUUGAGGCGAGUGCCGCUGCCUCCGUAGACAGACCGCAUUCAGUCGCCGCCUUGGACACCCGUAGACCACCGGAGACCAAGGCUAAAGCACCCGCACCGCCGCCCGAGGAAGAUAAGAAGAAUCCUUACUACGAUCCGAAGCCCGUACCUGGCGCCAAAACUCGAGUUUCGCGUGGUCUCCUGUUCAACUCGCGUGGCAAGUACCUCGAACAGGCUUCCAAGCUGCGUGCGCAGAAUCGACUGGAAGAGAUCAAAAAGGCGCUUGCCCUUCAAGCCCGCCGGGCAGGUCUGGAUGAGAACAGCGAGCGUGGAUUCUUGGUGCAACCACCCCCCGAAGUGGAAUGGUGGGAUGAGGGCCUACUAGAUGAGAAGACAUACGAUUGUCUGGAAGAUGAGUCCAAGGUCAAGAUACAGGGUGACGAUUCCAUCAUCACCAUUUACAUUCAGCAUCCCGCUCUAGUCAAAGCUCCGCAAGACAAGCGGCUCAUUGAAACGAAGCCCAUGUACCUCACUCCGAAAGAGCAGGCUAAACUCCGCAGGAUGCGCCGUGCUGAAGACCUUAAAGAGCAUCAGGCCAAGAUUCGUCUUGGUUUGGAGCCUCCGCCACCUCCAAAGGUGAAGCGCGGAAACAUGAUGCGAGUCAUGGGAGAGCAAGCGAUUGCCGAUCCUACUGCGGUAGAAAUGUUGGUGGAAUCACAGAUUGCACAACGACAUGACGACCACGUGAAGUCGAACGAGGAGCGAAAGCUUACCAAGGAGCAACGACAUACCAAGCUUGAGGCCAACCAGCAAAAGGAUGCUCAGAAGGGUCUCUAUAUGUGCGUCUUCAAGAUCAACACCUUAGCUUAUGGAAAGCACCGUUAUCAGAUCGACCAAAAUGCGAAACAGUUGGCUCUUACCGGCAUCACUAUAUUCAACCCCAAGAUGUGCCUGGUCAUUGUGGAAGGCGGCAUACAUUCUAUCAACAAGUACAAGAAGCUCAUGUUGAGCCGUAUCAAAUGGGAUGAGAAUGCUCGACCUACUGAGAUUCAGGCGGAGAAACAAGCACUAGAGCCCAAGUGGAUGCGCUCCAUGGACGAGAACGGUGAGCUGAAGGAUCACUCACACAACACGUGCAUACUUGUGUUCGAAGGCGAGCUCAAACAGCACGGUUUCCGCAAGUGGGGUUCGAAAAUGUGCGAGACGGAUGGCGAAGCAAGACAAGUACUUGCGAGGAGCAAGAUUGACAGUAUGUGGGCACUAGCACUUGCCAAGGGCCCAGAGUAG